UGGAAUCAAUUUUGAAAUUAUCAUCGUAGAUGAUGGAAGCCCGGAUGGGACACAGGAAAUUGCUGAACAAUUGGAAAAGAUAUAUGGAUCAGACAAAAUACUUCUAAGACCCAGAGCGAGAAAGUUGGGCCUCGGCACAGCUUAUAUUCAUGGAAUGAAGCACGCCACUGGGAAUUUUAUUGUUAUUAUGGAUGCUGACCUCUCUCACCAUCCAAAAUUUAUUCCAGAGUUUAUCAGAAAGCAGAAAGAAGGCAAUUUUGAUAUUGUAUCUGGAACAAGAUAUAAAGGAAAUGGAGGAGUAUAUGGCUGGGAUUUGAAAAGAAAAUUAAUCAG